AGGAACAUCCGGCAGGAAGGGAGGAGGGUACACUGUGGCAUUUGCAAGCAGGAUGGGAACUCUGGAGCUGCAGAGACGGGGUGUGGGGCCAGGGGUGAAAGCCUGGACAGCAAAGGGGCCGAGGAUGGUGGCCAGAGAACACAGAUGGGGUCGUCUGUGGGACCUCACAGAGCCGAGUCCGCCAUGCGCAGGCACGAGGACAAAGAUGCUGAGCUGGACCGCAGGAUCGUCGCCCUGCGCAAGAAGAACCAGGCCUUGCUGCGCAGGUACCAGGAGAUCGAGGAAGAUCGUCGCCAGGCCGAGCAGGGUGGCAUGGCCGUGACCACACCAGCGCUCUUCCAACCCGACGGUCUCACAGUCACCAUCAGCCAGGUUCCUGGUGAGAAGAGGGUGGUCAGUAGAAACUGGGUCAGGGUGCCCCCUUCCCCUGGGAUGACUGGCGCCCUGACAGAUGAGGAUGCUGCAGACUCGACGGGCGUUUUCUGCAUGGGGGACCGGGUGGAACUAGCUGUGACCAUGGAGAACAAAGCCAAGGCCAAGCGGAUCGUAAGUGAAAAACCCACCACCCCAGCAAGGAACCCAAGGGCCAAGGGGACAUCUGGAGGAGGCCGGGGCCAGAGUUCUCCCCUGCAGGGUGUUCCGGAGCCCCAGAGUCCAGGCGUGGCCCCAGGCCCGCCUCCCCAGCAGCCCGUGGGACUGCCCGCAGAGGCCAGGGAAGACUACAGGCAGUGGAAACAGGAGCGAGAGCAGAUCGACCUGGCCCGCCUUGCCCGGCACAGAAAUGCACAGGGUGACUGGAGCCGCCCGUGGGACCUGGACAAAGCCAAGCCCAUGCCACAGGACAGCAGCAAGCUUGGAGACAAGGACUUGGCCAUAGGCAGAAAGGGUCCUAGGACCCACCAGAAGCCACAACUUCCCCCACCAUCCAUGGAUGGAAAACGUCGGGGUGGACAAUCUGGAAGACCCUUAGUGACAUCCACCAUAGUCAGCAAAGCCCAGGGGAAGGAGAGGCUGACUGGCAGGGCCCGAAGGUAUGACCUGAAGGAAGAUGAGAAGCCGCAGAGUCAGGAGGGAAGCCAGAGCACCACGAAGACUCCCAGUGCAGAGGAAGGACAUGUACAGAAGCAGGGCGAAAUGGAACCAGGCAGACAGGAGACCGUGCCUGCCGCCAGUCCGGCUCUGGCCUCCCCAGAGGGGCUAAAAGGGGAGUCAGGAACCUCCACAGCUGGUUUGGCCCUAGGCUCCCCACAAAAUUCUGACUUGGCUCCCCUUGACCUCUCUCUGGGAGGAGCUUGCAGCCCCAAGCCUGGAGAAAGCACAGGUGGGCUCAGUCCAAAGUGCGGGGCUCUGGAAAGUCCAGGGCCCCCGCCAAAUGGUUCUGAGCAGCGGACCCUGGACUGGGAUGCCCACCAGCCUGGGCUGGAAGUCCGCACUUACGCCGAGUCACAGAGAGAAGCAGAGGUCUCAGAACCCAGUGAGGACAGGGCUGGUAAGGCUGGGGCCCAGCAGAGCCUGGCACCGAGAAGCAGGCCCCUGAGAGGAACUGGCCAAAGGACAAGAGGCACAAGUAGGAAAAGCAGGGCAGGCGGUCCUGGCCCUGCAGGAAGAUGCUGAGCCAAGCUCGUGGAGUCGGGGAGCCAGGCUACUGAGGGGAGAGCUGAGUCCUGAGUCGUCAGUAUGGCAGGAGUCUGGCUGCUGGUGGCUUGUAACUUUUUGGUUGAGAGCAGUGUGGCAAAAUUCCGCAGGGACACCACGUGAGGGCCUCUUGUGCACAUCUCUCUACACGGGUGGUUUUUACAUGUAGGCAAGGCCCCUGGUGUAUUUGCCAGGCUGGGAUCUCUUGUUCAAGGAUGGUAUCCCUGGACUGGGCCUACUGCUACCUAGGAUAGGCCUUUCCCACAAAGCAAGAGUUGGUAGUACCCCAGAACGUGGGUCUCCUGGCUCCCUGUCAUUCCUCAUUGCCAGGUCUCCCUCCCCAGGCACAGCCUCCAGGGGCCUCAACUUUAGGCGGUCUCAGAGCUGGUGUGGCCAGCCCGGCCCUUUCUGACACCCAUGCCUUUCAUCCAGGUGACUCACGGUCCUGGUCUUCCAAGAUGGCUAAACCGGGAUUUCAAUAAAUCACCUGAGGCCCA